AUGGGCUAUUAUGAAGAUAAUCAGACAAAGGAUAACAAAUAUCACUUCAAGGUCAUCAACUACCGCAAAGCCAUCACAGCAAUCCGUGCACUCGAUUAUGAGAUCACAUCAGAAGAGAUGGCUCGCAAAAUACCACGUGUUGGCAAGAAGAUUGCACAAAAGAUUGGGGAGUGUGUUUCGUUGGGUCGAAUCAAGAAACUAGACCAUCUGGAUUGGGAUCAGGAGCGUUUAAAGGUGGAAACUCUCUUCAGGAGUGUGUAUGGUGUGGGGGCCGAGAAGGCUUUGGAGUGGUAUAACAAAGGCUUGCGUACGCUCGAUGACCUCCGCAAACUGCCAGAUUUAACCAAAAACCAAAUAUCUGGACUUCAUUACUACGACGAUUUGCAAAAGAGAAUCCCGCGAGCAGAGGUUGAAGAAAUAGGCAAAGUAGUCGAAUCAGCUGCCAAGAAGCUCCAUCCAGACAUCCAAUCCCAAGUCACCGGAUCCUAUCGCCGUGGCAAACCCGACUGUGGUGACAUCGAUAUUGUUGUUGCUCGUCCAGAUAUUGAUACGGGUGAAGAACUCUUCCUGAUUAUGGAGCACAUCUUAAAUGAACUUAUCAUUCAAGGAUUUCUGGUUGAUCAUCUCUCCCUACCGACGUGGUCAGACGAUAUGGCCAAUGCUCCUAAGCACUUCAAGUACAUGGGCAUUUGCAAGCUGCCUGGGAAAGGAUCUGUUCAUCGCCAUAUUGAUAUCCUUGUAGUGCCUUGGAUACACUUGGGUGCAGCCCUGCUUUAUUUCACCGGGAACGACAUCUGCAACAGAAGCAUGCGGUUGUUGGCAGCGAACCGUGGUAUGCGACUCAGCGAUAAGGGACUAUUUACUGGUGUCAUGAGAGGUCCAAAACGCAAGAGGUUGAAUGAGGGGACGUGGGUGGCAGGACGUACUGAAAGAGAGAUCUUUGACUAUCUUGGAAUCAAUUAUCUGGAGCCAUUUGAACGAGAGUGUUAG